CCCCGGUCCUGGGCACGAAACUGUUUCCAGUUGAGCCGAACCCAUAGAUUAUCCCCCGAUUUCGUGGCUAGUCUUGGAGGAAUUCCCGACUAAGCCAAACCCUUCUCCGAGUGCAGCCGGUGUGCCUUCGUCCUUUUCGUGAUGGUGUUUGUGUAGCCAAUUCUUAGGAAGCUAUGUCGAAACGGCAGAAAAUUUUGGAAGAGAGUCUCUGGGAGUGCACGGUCUGCACUUACCGGAAUAAAGCAGAGGCAUUCAAGUGUCUCAUGUGUGAUACGAGGAAAGGGACUUCAACCAGGAAGCCACGACUGAACCCACAGGUAGCUGCUCAACUAUUCAAUCCGUCAUCCUCUCAACCUGUAAAGCCCAAGAAAGAAGCUGUAAAUCAGUCGCCUGCCGCGAGCUCAUUGAGCCCUACUCCCACUCCCGUGCAAAAUGGGACAACAGCCAAAGAAUUGAGAAAACCCCGCGAACCUGAAAAGAGAAUAACUGCCAAAGGAGCGAGGGGUCGAUGGAAAAAUAUUGACCGAACUUCCGGAAGAAAACGAGAGGUAACUGUGAACAACGUGACUGUGGUGUUCACCGAGUUUCAGCCAAAAGUAAAGCGGAGUCCAUCAUCGGACGUGAGUGAUAAAAGUAUUACUCCCAGUCCGGGCCGUAAAGCCGCCAACGGCCUCCAUAAUCUGCGAGGUGGCAUUAAUUCAUCGAAUCUCUCGUCGCAUUCGUCUUCCCGUCGCGAGGCGUCACACACGUCAAGUGGGGACAGUCGAAGUUCAAGCUGAGCUUAUGCAGUUUUUGUAUUUAUGCCUGCGCGACGAAAUUUUUUCCAUUCGGCUUGCCUGUCCUUAUGUUUUCACGAUUGCUCGAAGAAUAUCAUUCGUCGGGUGUGUUCUGAGAUACUCCUCUGGUAUUCGUGAUGCAUCCUUUUUUGAUCGUUUCCAUCCUGCAGCGCUUCAAGAGGAUCAGAUCUCAUUUUUUGCUUUUUUUUCCAAUUGGAGGUAAAUAUUUUGCGCUGAGAUGUUAAUGCGCAUGAUUUCUCCUACUUGCUUAUUUUUGCACGAAAGCAAUCAAGUGUUAGAUGCUGGAAGUUGAGUUCCAUGUCCAAAAUCUUAUGUAAUUGGUAAACAUUUAUAUAUAUACUUAUAGUGAGGACGUAGGUGAUUCUUCGAAAGAUCGACUCUACGUUUUAAUAUUUGAAAAACAUUUUCUAGACUUUGUGUCGAUGAUUUCCAGCGAUUCGAAAUUUUGAAUAGUUGCGUGUUUUUCUAUGUGAGCGGACGUGUGGUUCACUCUGCCAUUUGGACGCAUUAUUUUUGUUCUCGGUUGAGCUUGACGAUCCUAAUAAUUCUUAUUCUUUUCUACUUGUGGUGCUAAUUUUGCGGUGUUGUGUUAUUCAACGCGUGUAUCUCCUCUCAUGCGAUGCUUGCGGAUCACGAGUAUAUGCUGGUUAAGUUAUUUUAUGCCUCCGGAGCUCGCUAGACAACUGCAAAUUGUGACUUUGAUGGGAACUUCAUAAUCCAAUUUUGGGUGAGCUCUCACAGUUUGGCCCAUGCUUGUGGAGCACCAAGUGAUCGAUCCGUUAGCGUUUCUCAACCCGUGAGAAUAAAUCUGUGUACUGGUAGUGUUGACAUAAA